UCGCCUGAGCGCCCUGCUUCUCUUUCUCAAUUUUCGGGCUCGCUUUUGUCCGUUAUACAAAGAAAACAUGCCUAUCUUUUCUCCUCUGGCCGGUUCACGGCUCACAGCCGCGUUCUCAUCCUUUCAUCGCUUACCUUGACCUUGUCCCUUCAACUUAUUAUCAUUGUCCCGCCCAUGAGAUACUCUUGCAAAUGAAGGACAUGCUCUAAUGUUGAUUAUGUCGGAUCUUAGCUUCUUCACUGUCUCUACCCACCUUCGGGCCCAUUUGCGACUCACAACACUGUUGAAGUGACUUUCGGUAUCGGACUGUGCGCACAUUUGAUACUGUAUCGCUGGGAUGGAUUCGUACGACAGUUUCGGCUCUCCUGGGAGAAGCCGUGAUGGGGCCGACCCUUACGCCACCCGGGCACCGGUCGAUUCGUAUCGUCGCAGAUCGCCUGUGUCUCAAGACCGUCGCCGUGGCCGGGGCCGUUCUCGCUCCCCUGCCAUGAUUGAUCGCUAUGAACCGUCCGAUCGUCGCGCUUCGCGAGACGAUUAUUAUGGCGCGUCUCGCGAGCAUGCCGCGCGUGAACGCGAUGAUCGUCGCUCUGCGCCCUCACCCAAUGUCGCCAAUAUCGAUCGCUAUGUUCCUGGUCAAGAUUCUGGCAAGCGCCCGAUUCCAACGAACCCUCUUCCCAACCCAUUGAACCUGGACUUCCAAGUUGGGUUCAAUUGGUUCGCAGAAUGGUGGAGGGCUGAGCAGGCGAUCAAGGAGGAAAAGGAACGCGCUAAGCACGGUGGCCGACGUCCAUCGGACCGCGUCAAGGGAGAACGCGAGGCCCGCGAAGACCGAGACAGAGAAAGAGCUCAAAUUCAGGCUGCCUAUGAUUCAUACAAAGUUGAUCUCCAGGCGAAGAUGGCUCGCACUUUCGUUCAACAUCAUCGCAACGAGGAAUGGUUCCGGGAGCGGUAUGUCCCUGAGGUGCGAGAGCCGCUCCGUCGCCGACUGAUGGAUUUCCGAAUGGGCGCCUACCAGCAGUGGGAAAGCGACCUUGACAACGGUCUUUUCGAUGAGUAUACCCUGGAGGGUAUUUACAAGAGUGAAAGCGACGGCGCCGGUGGUGUGAUCGAGAAGGAAGAGGGCGAGACUACUGCUGUUGGGGAAACUUUGGGAGUCUUGGACCUGCUCCCAGCCAGAGGUGGUGACCUUCGGGACGAGGCAUUAUCCCAGUCAGCCUUGCUGAUCAAGACCUUGGCUCCUAACGUAAGCCGCGACAAGAUCGAAGAGUUUUGCAAGGAGCAUCUGGGAGAAGGAGAUGGUGGGUUCAAAUGGCUCAGCCUGAGUGACCCCAAUCCUUCUAAGAAGUAUCAUCGGAUGGGCUGGAUCAUGCUUCACCCAGCUCCCGACGUUCCGAUUGUUGAGAGAGGGGAUGGACGGGAGGAGGAGGGUGAAGAGAUGGACCAGGAUAGCAACGCCAACGGAAAUGUGACCGUCUCCGCUGCCGAGAAGGCCCUCGAAGCUAUCAAUGAUAAAACCAUUCACGACCCUGUCCACGGAGACUUUGUCUGCCAUGUGGGUGUCCACGUACCACCGUCGCAACCCCGCAAAAAGGCUUUGUGGGACCUGUUCUCAUCCCCGGAGCGCAUUUCCCGGGACUUGGAGCUGGCCAGGAGACUGGUAUCUAGACUGGAUGCUGAAAUGGGAGCUCCCGCUGACGGUUUUUCUCGGAUUGAGGAGAGAGUGGAAGACUUGCGCGGCAAAGGAUGGCUGCAGCCCCCCGUGACUGGCCCCGUUAGCGUCAAGAAGAGGAAGUCCGACUACGAUGCCGAUGAUAUCGACGAAGGCGAGGCUGAAGAAGGAGAGGAGCGGGAGGGAUGGGAAGAUGACGAAGUGGACGAUGAGGAGCUUCUGGCUAAGAAGAAGAAACUGGAUCUCAUGGUCGAGUACCUGCGGAGGGUUUACAACUUCUGUUUCUUCUGUGUCUUCGAAUGUGAUUCAGUCCAUGAGCUGGCUCGGAAAUGUCCGGGUGGGCAUCUUCGUCGCCCUCGUGCUGGGUUGACAACACAAUCAAUGGCGGUCGCUCGGGCUAGUGCCCUGGGUCAGCCGUUCCCUGUCAAAAGAAAAGAACCAAGCGAGGAGGGCGAGGAACAGCCACCGGCUGCAGAAGAAAGACGGUCUCAACGACACAGCACCAAGUCUGAACAACAGCUCCAGCGAGCCUUCAACUGGGUCAGAACCUUUGAAGACAAGCUCCUGCAAAUCUUGGAGCCUGAAAAUGUGGAUAUUGCCAAGUUAGGUGGCAAGUCAGUCGACGAGGCUCUUGAGGAGGAAUUGAGCAAGUUCAUGAAACAAGAGGAUGAAUCGAAAUACCGAUGCAAGGUUCCCGAGUGUACGAAGCUGUUCAAGGCGGAACAUUUCUGGCGUAAGCACAUCGAAAAGCGCCACACUGAGUGGUAUGAAAAUAUUCGCAGCGACCUUUCUUUGGUCAAUGCCUAUGUGCUUGAUCCUGCUCGAAUCGCGCCGUCCCGAUCGGAUGCGAACAGUAACGGCCAUUUCCCCUUGGGCACUGGCCAAGGUCAGGCAGGCACCCCUCGUGGUUUCAGUCUGGCGUCCAUGCCCGCCCAAUUUGCAGGUAGCGGUGGUGUGCCCCCAGGUUUUCAGGGUCUUCCUGGAUCCGGAUUGCCCGGGUUCAUGGGUGUCAACAGCCCAUCCUGGAGCGGGAAUGGCAUGGUGCCUGGGGAUGGACAUGGCUUGCAUCAACCCGGCGUCGUACGUCGUGGCGGUGGCCGCUACAACAAUCGUAGCGGACCGUACGAUCGACGAGGCAACCGACAGGGUGCACAAGCGGGAGGCAGUGGUCGUCUGAGCCCGAUCCGUGGUAUGUCUAAUCUCUACGGAGCGGGCGGUCGACUACCCCCAAGCUCUGGAACCCCAUAUAUCCCUCCUGGCCAUCCCGCUGCGGCUGCCUUGAUGGGGGCCGGCGGUUUCCCUGAUGCCAGUGGUGCGCAGCAAGGCAUGGGCCCGCGUGAGGCUGUUCAAGGCCGCAGUCUUAAAAGUUACGAAGACCUCGAUGCCGUUGGCGGUGCCGGCAGUGGGGAGUUGAACUACUGAAGAAUUGGAACACCUUGUAACAUUCGGCGU